AUAAUAUGAAUAAAUAUUGGUAUUUUAUAAUAGGUACACUAAAAAGCAUUACUUACGUCGAAAACCAUUAUGCGAUAUCAUAAGUGUGAUUUUAUCGCAUAUCAUUCAAAAAUAAAUACUUAAUUAUCACAUUUGUCGCAUUUCCAAUGUUAUCACUUUACUAUCGCUCAACUUCCUCUUAAAUGAUAUCAAUCGAUUGAUAAUAAUGAUUAUCAUACACGGAGUUAGUUCCAUAUACAUUUUUGUACACGUUGACGUAAAACAAAACAGGAUAUAUUGUAAGAGCUAAAAUUGUGCAAUAAAUAGUGCCUAUUUAAUUAAUAAAACUGUAUACAAAAAAAGUGAAAGAUUUAUAUAAUCAUUACCAAUGAAUUAAACAGUAUUUUCCCUACGACCUACGAGUGGCAAGUUUUGUGUAAUUUUAUUGAAAGUGAUUUCCAAAUAAUGGUCAUCCAAACAAAAUGGGAUUUAGGAUGAAUUAUUUAUUCAUCGGGUGCCUUGUGGCAUCGAUAUAUAGCAGUAAUGGUUGCACAAUGGAAGGUGUCACGACUUGGCAGCUACCGAUCACCGUUCGCAUCGAGGAUUAUCAUGACGGCAUUGUUUUACAACGAACUGUUACCGAUAUUGGAGGUUUCACCCUCACAUCGUCUAGUGAUCUUAACCAAGGUCCUUACAUCGUUGCAUCAAUCGAAAAUUCCGCCUUUGUCCUUCGUACAAACGACGCAUACAGAUUGUUUGAGGAACACGAGACCGCCGACCUUAUUAGUUUGACGUACGCCUUCACAUGUACGAACGGACAGACUCCGUCAUCUCCUCUUACGAUCCGUAUAGAAAUAAACGACAAUAACAACAAUCCACCGCUGUGGAAGACGCCAGACACUGUCGCAUCAGAAACCACCGCAUACGAUUUCACCAUCGCUACGCCCGUGCCGCCCGGUUUCCUCAUCACCAACUGCGUCAGCGAUAUAAUCGUUAGAGAUAUCGAUCUCACUACAUACAGAAUCGAUUUCAGUAUCGAGGACAAUCCGUAUAUUGGUAUCGAGUAUGACGAGGCGGCCUUGACCGAUGCUAAAGAGUUUAAAGCCGUAUUGAAGAGCACUGCGUUUAUAAGAUCUAUUCCUGAGCCGAUUAUUCUAACAAUCAGUGCUACGGACGUUGACCAAACUGGAGACCCUCCUAUAACAAGAAGCACAACAGUUACCAUACAUGGUAGUUCCGAUUUCGAGCUGCCCCUCGAGCCGAUUUUCAGUCAGGCGUUCUACUUAGCAAGUUAUACCGAAAACAACCAAGUUACUGUGGAACAAUCGAUCACGUUGGAGCAAGGCUAUGAUGAACUUGUACAGUUCAGUUUGGAAGGAGAUUACGCUGCCGAUCAUUUCACCAUUACCGUCAACGGCAAUCUUGUGACUCUGUCAGUCACAAAUGCGCUACCCGCAGCAGCGUUGCAAGAAGGACGGAUUUACUUAGUGGUACAUGCUUCUCGGGAGUACACCAGCGGAGCAUCCGCCACCAUCAUCAUAGAGCUACCUGAAGUUGAGCACCUGGAAUUUGAACGUCCUCAUUACGAGGGAGAGAUCGUGGACAAUACUCUGCAGUUAACGCCACUAGUUUUAAGUCAAGGAUACCAAGGAUCUGAUGUGACUGUGACUGUAGAAGAUUACUCCUCGUUUUUCUCCUACGCGGUCGUUGGAAACACAAUAACCCUGUCGAUGACUCCCUUGGACGAUAACAUUAUUCAAGAAAAUAAUUAUAUAAAUUUGAGAGUCACCGCUUCUACUGGCUAUAGCUCUGCUACAACUAUAGUCACGUUAGAGAUCGUGAAAGAUGACGUCACAACUCCAGUAUUCGAUCAGAGUUUGUAUACGGGAACUUACGAUCCAGCCGCUGGUCUGGCGGUGGAACCAAUUUUGUUGGCGCGGGGAUAUGAUGAAACCGUCACUGUAACCCUUUCUGGAGAAUACGAAAGUUACUUCGAGUUGACUCAGGACGGGCCCUCGUUAACGCUCCGGGUGGUCGGCGACGGUCUGCCCUCGCAUAUCUUAAGCCAGACCCACCUCCACCUCUCCGUCGAGGCCACAAAACCGCGCACCGUCGGCGCGAGCGCUGUUGUGGCCAUCACUUUACCCGGAGCAAGGGAAAUGCAUUUUGAAGCUCAGUCAUACAAAGGAGCGAUACAAGAUAAUAUACUGACACUAGACACGAUCAUUUUAAGUGUCGGUUACGAAGAAGACGUGACUUUUUCGCUCUCCGGUGAUUACUCAACCUCAUUCGCUGUAUCGAACGUGCAAAAUCAAGUGACAAUAAAUAUGCCAGCACAGCUUCCUCAAGAGGUUAUUUCAGAAAACAAUUUCGUAAUGUUGACGCUGUCGGCUGAAGGACUGAACGCGCUGCCGACUACCACUGCUGUGUUACUUGAGAUUAUCAAAGUUGACGCAACGACGCCUGUGUUUAGCCAGCCCAUUUAUGAUGGCACUUACUUUGGUUCAUUAGGUAUUGUCUUGGAGAAUAUAAACCUAAUACAAGGAUACGACAGCAGCGUGACGUUCAGGAUUCAAGGAGAAAACUCUGAAUAUUUUUCUAUUACUCAAAACCUAAAUAGUGUAACGUUGACUGUCCAAUCAAGUAUUCCUGAAGAGGUAAUAUUCCAAGAAAAGACAUUUGUUUUCAACAUAUUCGCCGAAAAACCACUGACAGUAGGCGCUAAUGCUGCCAUCGUCGUAAGAUUCUCAGAAGACCUAAUAGAGUCUACUGUUAUGCAGUUUGCUAAAAAUACUUAUGUUGGAAGCUUAGAAAAUAACGAAUUGGCGCUGGAAAACAUCGUUCUCGAGACAGGGUUCGCUGUUGGCACACAGUUUUAUCUUUCUGGAGACUAUGCAGCAUCAUUCACGCACACAGUCACAGCCAACACAGUAACUGUUUCAAUGACAAGUGAACUCCCUGCCGAAGUUCUAGAAAAUAACAGAUUUAUAAUUUUAGAAUUAGAAGCACGUAGAGACAGGGCGAUGUCAGUCGUCGCUGGAAUUGUUAUUGAAAUAGUUGAAACAGAAAUUAUAGCGCCUGUGUUCAGCCAAGCAUAUUACAGCGGAAUGUAUACAGAAGAAAAUGCUUUGCAGUUCCAAGAUACUAUUACUCUGAUACAAGGUUUUGACGAAACCGUUACUUUUGGGUUGGAAGGGGAAUCUGCAGCGUGGUUUGGGGUGGAAUGGAAUGGAAAUUCCGUUACUGUAGUGAGUACAGCUCCCCUGCCACAGGAUGUACUGGACAGCCAGCACCAGCUUCUCUUCGGUGUGAUCGCAUACAAGCCUAACUCCAUCAAUGGACGCGCUGCUAUUUCUAUCGAAUUACCUAAAGAUUUAUUAGAACAAGAAGUACUACGCUUCGCCCAAAGCAGUUACGAGGGCCAGUUAGACGGAUCCCAGUUGCAAGUGCCGACAAUUACGCUGAGCAACGAAAUUACGGAGAACGUGAUAGUGUCACUGUCAGGAGCUUACGCAACUUAUUUCACUGUAACCCUUGAUUCAAACACCGUUCAUAUUGAGCUUGUAAAUGAACUGCCUUCAGAAGUAAUAACCAACAAUGAGUUCAUAGUACUUGAUAUAAUUGCUUCAAAAACAGAUGCUGUAAGCGGUUACACAGCUCUCGUUCUAAGUAUAGUCAAAGAACCCAUUAUCGUAACACCUGUUUUCGAUCAAGCUUACUAUACUGGUGAAAUCUCAGAGCAAGGCGAAUUACUCUUUGAGCAUACGAUGCGAUUGAUCCAGGGAUUUGAUGAAUCUGUUACAUUUACUCUCAGCGGAGAUGGGUCUGAGAGGUUUAUCCUUACGCAAACUGGGCAGAAUAGUUUAUCGCUGUCUAUCAGUCAAGGAGAAUUAGAAGGGAUAGAAAACAUUAGCCAUUUUGUUUUUUCUGUUGUGGCUAGCAAAGCUGGAAGUGUUUCAGGCCAAGCGGCUAUUGUCAUUCAUAAUACGGAUUCCUCCACAGCUAGAACUAUUAGCUUUUCUCGUAAUCACUACACGGGAUCACUGGAAGACAAUGUUUUGACCAUGGAAGCAAUCAGUAUCGUAGAAGGUUACGGUUCGGAUGUCUAUCUCACGUUAAGUGGAGACUAUGUGGAAUAUUUCCAGUUGGUCGGACAGGACGGCACAUACACAUUGCAGCUAAUAUCUAACGUUCCAAAUGAAAUAAUUGAAGCACGUACUAUGUUGGUAUAUACUCUUGAAGCAAAUGGAGACACUGGAAGGGCCCAUACCACAGUUAUUGUAGAACUGGUUAAAAGUAAUGAAGUAAUUGAGGCCCUAUCUUUUGAUGAAGCUUACUAUCUUGGCUCUUAUUCUGCAACAACUGGUGUUAUGGCAGAUAUACAGCUGCGGAUCGUUACUGGAUAUGAUAGUGAGAUAGUCUUAACUGUACAAGGAGAAAACAGUGCUUGGUUUAUCGUUCAGCAUUCGGAAAGCGUGGUGACAAUAAGUUUAGCUGCUCCUUUGCCAAUCGAACUAUUUAUUGACAACCAGCCAGUAAUAUUUGCCAUCAAUGCAGUCAACUCUGGUGGCAGUACAGCACUAGCUACGAUAGUAGUAUCUUUAGAAGGAGAAUUAUCUGAACUAACUGUUCUUGGAUUCGAAAGAAGUAGUUACCUUGGAACAAUAGAAAGUGAUACAUCAACGCUGCAACCUAUAAUCCUUACGCAAGGAUACAGCUCAGAAGUUUAUUUCACAUUACAAGGAGAUCUAUCCAACUAUUUCACAAUAAACCAACAAGGUUCUUCAGUAAACAUAGUACUACAAAGCACUAUCCCCACUUCAGAAUUACCAGCAAAUGGUAUUAUCGUUCUUGAAUUACAAGCUACUGCAGUUCAAGCUGUUUCCGCAACUACUACUAUCGUUUUUGAGGUAGCCGAUGGAGAAGAUCUCAGUUUCAGUGCUGCAUACUACAUUGGACAAUACAUCGAAACAGAAGGCCUAAUUUUCGAUACAAUCUCACUAGACGUGGGUUACGACCAAGACGUGCAGUUCAGCUUGGAAGGAGAAAACGCUCAAUGGUUCGCUCUGCAAGUGCAGGGGAACGCUGUCACCCUCAUUAUGACUAGCGCUAUUCCGCCUGCGAUCUUAGCCGACAAUCAUCAACUGGUAUUUAGUGUAACAGCACUGAAGCCCAGAAGUAACAUUGCCACAGCAACCAUAGUGAUAUCAUUAAUUGAUGAAUCUACCGUCGUGACCAUUCUUAGCUUUGAACAAACAAGCUAUCUCGGGUCUAUUGCAAAUGAUGCAUUAAGUAUAGAACCAAUUGUCUUAAACGAAGGGUACACGGAAGCCGUCAGUUUUACACUUUCUGGUGAUCUGGCCUCAUACUUUAAUCUACAACAGCAAGGGUCUACAAUUAACAUCAUACUACAGAGCGCCCUUCCAGAGCAAACGUUACCUGCUAACGGCAUAGUAUUACUUGAUUUACGAGCUUCAGCACCACUUGCCAUUACCGCCACGACUACGGUUGUUAUUGACACGCAGAGAACCUUUUAUGUGGAGGAACUAGCUUUUAGUGCUGCGUAUUAUGUUGGAGAGUAUAGCGAAACUAGUGGCUUCACGUUUGACUCCAUUAUCUCGCUAGACGUGGGCUAUGAUCAAAACGUUCAAUUCAUAUUGGAAGGAGAACACUCACAGUGGUUUGCCCUGGAAGUUCAAGGCAAUGCUGUCACGCUCACUAUGUCCGGUGCCAUUCCGUCGGCGAUCUUAGUGAACAACCAUCAUCUCGCAUUUAUUGUUACUGCACAGAAACCCAAUAGUAAUAUUGCAACGGCAACCAUAAUUAUUUCAUUAGUAGACGAUUACACUGAUGCAAUUGUUCUUGGCUUCGAGCGAGCACACUAUCUUGGUUCUAUUGAAAAUGAUGCAUUAACUAUGGAACCAAUUGUCCUUAACGAGGGGUACACGGACGCCGUUACGUUUACGCUUUCUGGUGAUCUGGCCUCAUAUUUCAAUCUACAACACCAAGGGUCUACAAUUAACAUCGUUCUACAGAGUGCCAUUCCAGAAGAGACGAUACCUGCGAACGGAAUUUUGUUACUUGAGUUGAGAGCGUCAGCACCACAAGCUAUAACCGCUACGACGACUGUAGUAAUAGAGGCCCAGAAAGCUGCCGAUCUCGAACAACUUGCCUUUAGUGAUGCUUACUAUAUUGGAGAGUACAGUGAGACCAGCGGCCUCGCGUUUGACUCUGUCAUCGCGCUAGACAUAGGCUACGAUCAAAAUGUGCAGUUCGCAUUGGAAGGCGAACACUCACAGUGGUUUGCGCUGGAAGUUCAAGGCAAUGCUGUCACGCUCACUAUGUCCGGUGCCAUUCCGCCGGCGAUCUUAGUCAACAACCAUCAGCUAAUAUUUAUUGUUACUGCACAGAAAGCCAAUAGCAAUAUUGCAACAGCAACCAUAAUUAUUUCAUUAAUAGACGAUUACACUGACGCAAUUAUUCUCGGCUUCGAACGAGCAAACUAUCUUGGUUCUAUUGAAAAUGAUGUAUUAACUAUAGAACCAAUUGUCCUUAGCGAGGGGUACACGGACGCCGUUACGUUUACGCUUUCUGGUGAUCUGGCCUCAUAUUUCAAUCUACAACAGCAAGGGUCCACAGUUAACAUCGUUCUACAGGGUGCCAUUCCAGAAGAGACAAUACCUGUGAACGGAAUUUUGUUACUUGAGUUGAGAGCGUCAGCACCACAAGCUAUAACCGCUACGACGACUGUAGUAAUAGAGGCCCAGAAAGCUGCCAAUCUCGAGCAACUUGCCUUUAGUGAAGCUUACUAUAUUGGAGAGUACAGUGAGAACAGCGGCCUCGCGUUUGACUCUAUCAUCGCGCUAGACGUAGGCUACGAUCAAAACGUGCAGUUCGCAUUGGAAGGCGAACAUUCACAGUGGUUUGCGCUGGAAGUUCAAGACAAUGCUGUCACGCUCACUAUGUCCGGUGCCAUUCCGCCGGCGAUCUUAGUCAACAACCAUCAGCUAGUAUUUAUUGUUACUGCACAGAAAUCCAGUAGCAAUAUUGCAACAGCAACCAUAAUCAUUUCAUUAAUAGACGAUUACACUGACGCAAUUAUUCUCGGUUUCGAACGAGCAAACUAUUUUGGUUCAAUUGAAAAUGAUGCAUUAACUAUAGAACCAAUUAUCCUUAACGAGGGGUAUACAGACGCCGUUACGUUUACGCUUUCUGGUGAUUUGGCCUCAUAUUUCAAUCUACAACAGCAAGAGUCCACAGUUAACAUCGUUCUACAGAGUGCCAUUCCAGAAGAGACGAUACCUGCCAACGGGAUAUUGUUACUUGAGUUAAGAGCGUCAGCACCACAAGCCAUAGCCGCCACGACAACUGUGGUAAUCGAGGCCCAGCAAGCAGCCGAUAUCGUAGAACUUGCCUUUAGUGCUGCUUACUAUAUUGGAGAGUACAGUGAGAGUAGCGGCCUUGCGUUUGACUCUAUCAUCGCGCUAGACGUAGGCUACGAUGAAAACGUACAGUUCGCAUUGGAAGGCGAACAUUCACAGUGGUUUGCGCUGGAAGUCCAAGACAAUACUGUCACGCUCACUAUGUCCGGUGCCAUUCCGCCGGCGAUCUUAGUCAACAACCAUCAGCUAGUAUUUAUUGUUAAUGCACAGAAAGCCAGUGGCAAUAUUGCAACAGCAACCAUAAUCAUUUCAUUAAUAUACGAUUACACUGAGGCAAUUAUUCUUGGUUUCGAGCGAGCGAACUAUCUUGGUUCUAUUGAAAAUGAUGUAUUAACUAUAGAACCUAUUGUCCUUAUCGAGGGGUACACGGACGCCGUUACGUUUACGCUUUCUGGUGAUCUGGCAUCAUAUUUCAAUCUACAACACCAAGGGUUCACAGUUAACAUCGUUCUACAGAGUACCAUUCCAGAAGAGACGAUACCUACCAACGGGAUUUUAUUACUCGAGUUGAGAGCGUCAGCACCUCAAGCUAUAGCCGCCACGACAACUGUGGUAAUCGAAGCCCAGCCAACUGCCGAUGUCGAGGAACUUACCUUUAGUGCUACUUACUAUAUCGGAGAGUACAGUGAGACCAGCGGCCUCGCGUUUGACUCUAUUAUCGCACUAGAUGUAGGCUACGAUCAAAACGUCCAAUUCUCCUUGGAAGGAGAACACGCCCAAUGGUUCUCGUUAGAAGUUCAAGGCAACGCUGCCGCGCUUGUUAUGACUGGCGCCAUUCCACCUGCAAUUUUAGUCAACAAUCACCAACUCGUGUUUCGGGUUACUGCACAGAAACCCAACAGCAAUAUUGCUACAGCGACAAUUGUGGUUUCGCUAGUAGAUGAUUACACUGAUGCAACAAUACUCGGGUUCGAGCAAGCAAGCUAUUUUGGUUCCAUAGAAAAUAAUGUUUUAAUUAUAGAACAAAUUGUUCUUAACGAGGGGUACACGGAUGCUGUUACAUUUUCUCUAUCUGGUGAUUUGGCCUCGUACUUCAAUCUCCAGCAGCAAGAUGCCACAAUAAACAUUGUUCUACAAAGUACUAUCCCAGAACAGGCGUUACCCACCAACGGAAUAAUAUUGCUGAAUUUGCGAGCAUCAGCGUUGCAAUCUGUACCCGGUACGACGACCAUAGUGAUUGAAGCCCAGCGGGCUGCAGUUUUAGAAGAACUGGCCUUCAGUUCUGCCUACUAUGUAGGAGAGUACAGCGAAACCAGCGGCCUUGCGUUCGGUGCCACCAUUUCAUUAGACGUUGGCUAUGACCAAAACAUCCAAUUCACCCUGGAAGGAGAUCACGCACAAUGGUUUGCUCUGCAAAUCGAAGGGAAUGCUGCGACACUCACUUUGUAUAACAGCAUUCCCUCCGCGGUUUUAGUCAACAACCAUCAAUUGAUAUUUAGUGUUACUGCACAAAAACCUAAUAGCAUCAUUGCAAUAUCAACCGUGGUGAUAUCGUUAAUUGAUGACUACACGGAUGCAACAAUUCUUGGUUUCGAACGAGCAAGCUAUCUUGGUUCUAUUGAAAAUAGUUCGUUAAUUAUUGAACCAAUUAAUCUAAGCGAGGGGUAUUCAGAUGCUGUCACAUUUGCUCUAUCUGGUGAUUUGGCCUCAUACUUUAAUCUCCAGCAGCAAGGUGCCAUAGUCAACAUCGUUUUGCAGAGCACUAUCCCAGAACAGGCAUUACCUGCCAACGGCAUAUUGUUAUUGGAGUUACAAGCAUCAGCGACCCAAUCUGUAUCUGCUACGACGACUAUAGUAAUCGAGGUUCAACGGGCUGCUGUUGUAGAAGAAUUGGCCUUCAGUGCUGCCUACUACACCGGAGAGUACAGCGAAACCAGCGGCCUCACAUUCGAAAAUGCCAUCUCGCUGGACGCUGGCUACGGCCAAGAUGUUUCGUUUACCUUGGAGGGUGAUAAUGCCCAAUGGUUUGGGUUAUCUGUAAAUGGAAAUUCGAUAACACUAGUUGUGGUGGAACCAAUUCCUUCUGCAAUAUUAAUCGAUCUUCGAAAGAUCAUUAUGAUUGUGACGGCAGCAAAAUCAGAGACCACUGCGAGCACAAUUAUCAUCAUAUCCAUAAUUGACGAUUCGGGAUCCGUGAUAAAUGAGGCAUUUGAUAAAGUCCUGUACGAGGGAACCAUCAAUAACAACGUGGUUCAACAUGAACCGAUUACUAUCACAGGACACGCUUCUGGAAUCGAUAUCGAAAUACUUGGAGUGUACAGGGAGCUUUUCUCAGCUUCUGUAUCGGGAGAUACUGUAUUAAUCGGAGCGGCUGGCACUCUGAAUCUGCCUGAGGGAGUCUCACACGUCGCGCUCGAAUUCCGAGCGGGCAGUGCAAGCGCAGUUGUCAUUUUCAACGUUAUACAAUCAGAAACUCCAGAGCUACCAACGGUAGCGUUCGAGUCCCCAUCAUAUGUGCUGCGCGCGGACAUGGCGCAGACCGGACUACUAGGACUGGUCCAAGCAACAGCGAGCAACGGCGAGAGUAUAACGUACUCCCUAGCUGUCGAUGAUGCUCAUCUCCGAGAGCGGGUUUUGAUUAACAGUGUUGGAGAAAUACAUUUAUCUGCACCAACAAAUACUGGCGUGUAUAGCUUCCAAGCGAUAGCUACAUCAUCUAUCACCCAAGUCCAAGCUACAACGGCGGUACAACUAACAGUAGAAGCUGUUGCAAUCUGUGGAGACGAACACGUGCUCCCGCCACUCAUAAUCUUGGACAGAGACGAAGAGGAACCACACACUAACCUCGUCGUCCUCGACAGCGAAGCUCAAGCAGAUUGCCAGUUCAGGCUGACCAAUCGCUGGCCCCUGGACCAAGAUUGGCUCUACGUUGACAAUACUGGUUUACAUGCAAGAGCAAUCGAUCGAGAAGACCCGCGAAUAGCUUUCAUGGCAUUGUCGCAAGUUCAGGUGGAACUGGUAUUGGAAUGCGCUAGUGACACACAGAGUCGAGCUAAGCGGUCUACAUUAAACCCCAGACUAGACUGGCUCGGACCCUACGAAUACGGAAGCAACAGAUGGAUACUUACUGACACAAUCUUAUAUAACUCACGAAGAAGCUUCGUCAACUUGAUAGUUAACGAUAUUAACGACAACUACCCCAUAUUUGUCGGCAAUGAAAACGAGCCCAUUAUAUGUGGGUAUCCUAUUCCGGAACUUGAAGAUAUUGUGCUCCCUCGAGCUUUAGCAGAAUUAAAGGCCACUGACGCUGACGUGGGUGAGAAUGCGGCGUUGUCGUUCUGGAGUGCGUCGGAAGUUUUGGCGGUUGCGUCAACUACGGGCUUCGUCCACCUCAGGGAUGGAGCCAGCCUGUCGCAAGACCAGCGCCUCAUUGUGUCAGUCACUGAUCUUAACGGGAGGGAAGAUGGUCUAACUACAUCUAUAGAACUUUUGGUAAAACUAUUAGAUACGAGUCAUAUCGCUGUGGUCACUGUCCGCAACGCAUUUUUAGACCAAGAGGAAACUAUUUUGGAAAAUCUGAGUUCAGCUGUGGGGUACGAGGUCAAAGUCCUCAGCUCCGCGGUCAUAUCCGAUGACCCAAGCGAUUCUGCGAAUACAAGACGCAAACGAGAAGUAACCACCGAAGGAGCGUCAUUGCAGCUUUAUGUAUACGGCUUAAUUGAUCGCGAACCGGUGGCCGUUGAUCGGCUUACAAAUGACAUAACAGACAAUAUAAUAACCGGGGUUGAUGUCACGAGCACAGUAUCUCUGGAAGAUUAUCUAGAAGGCCGCGAGAUAUACGGCGGAGGACGUGAUACAGGUCUAUUAGUCGCAACAAUAGUCUUGAGCAUCCUGCUCUUCAUACUAAUGCUGCUUAUUGCCUUAUGGUUCUUCCUCAGAUGGAGAAAAUCACGAAAUUAUGAACAGUUCAGUGACGCUAAUAGUUUAGCCUCUCGCGAUGAACCGUUGGAAUCACCCCAAAAGAUUGACAGUUUGAGAAAACCAAGACUCAAUAUAGAUGAGUUGAAAAGAAGUGAAAGGAGGCUUCAAGAAAUGCUUGACGCUCCGGUUGAAGAAGUUAAACCGAAAGCCCAAACCUCGCAAGUAGAUCCCAAAGAUUCAGUCGACACAGUAAUAAAUAUGGCAUCGACACGUGCCACCGACGUUACACUGCCCAUAGUAAUACAAUCCAUAGACAAGCUUAAAGACGACGAGCAUUCAGGAGAGGAAGAUGAAUUUGGCGAAAGGAAAAACAAGAGCCGGAGAAAAUCAGUAGUUACCUUUAACGAGAAUGUGGAAAAAAUUAUUCACGUAGAAGACAUUCCGGAUGAUAAUUCAUCGGACUUAGAAAUAUACAAGUUUUGAGCUGCUAUUAAAUACAAAAAUACAUGUAAAUAAUGUUACUAAACUCUUUUUAUGUUUUAAUAAUAUAAUUUAAACGUUUAAUCUGUUUCCUUAAAUAAAUUCAUUAGUAUGCA